UGAAAACAAAACCCUAGUUUAGCCGCUUGGUUUAAAAUCUCAAUCACAAUUCAGCUGCACUCUUAUUUCGUCAAACUUCUCAGCUCCGCCGCCGCACUCCUCUCUCCGCCACCGACGAAACAAUGGCGUUUGCAACAAUGAAGCCGACGAAGCCGGGGCUGGAGGAGCCCCUGGAGCAGAUUCACAAGAUCCGCAUCACUCUGUCCUCCAAGAAUGUCAAAAAUCUAGAGAAAGUUUGUGCUGACCUUGUACGUGGUGCCAAGGACAAAAGGCUGAGAGUCAAGGGACCAGUCAGAAUGCCUACCAAGGUUCUCAAAAUCACCACCAGGAAGUCUCCUUGUGGUGAAGGAACAAACACAUUCGAUAGGUUUGAGCUGCGUGUGCACAAGCGAGUCAUCGACCUUUUCAGCUCACCAGACGUUGUGAAGCAGAUUACUUCUAUCACCAUUGAACCUGGUGUCGAAGUCGAAGUCACAAUUGCUGACUCUUAGACCCUGUUGCUGUAUUUCUGCUUUUGUUAGUUAAGUUUUAAACUUGUUUAUUAAAUGACCUUUUAGAUUUUUGGAAUUUGAAUUAAGAGUGUUUCUGAACCAAUGAAUUUAAGUUUUGUAACAAAGGUUUUUUGUAGGUCUUUUUAUUUAUGCUCGGAUACAAUUCAGUUUAAAAUUAUGUUUUACGCUUA